CGAAUCAAUGCGACUGGCAGUGUCAAAACCGAAGACUUUCUUUUUCUAUUAGCCAAAGUCAAGCUAAAAAAAAAAAAAAGAAAUCAUCUUUGCUCAAAGUAGUCGAGUCUCACAGUGCGAGUGAGAGUGAGUGCAAGAGAGAGAAACAUGGGAGAAGAGAAGACAGUGCAUUCAGCAUUGGUGACUUAUGCUUCAAUGCUUUCGCUUCUCACUUUCUGCCCUCCCUUUGUUAUUUUGCUAUGGUACACAAUGGUGCAUGCUGAUGGAUCAGUUUCUCAAACUUGGGAUUUCUUCAAGCAACAAGGGUUGCAGGGAUUUAUUAACAUUUGGCCAAGACCCACUGCUACAGCUUGGAAAAUAAUUGCUUGUUAUGCUGCAUUUGAGGCUGCACUUCAGCUUCUUUUACCUGGCAAAAGGGUGGAGGGCCCUAUUUCACCUCAAGGGAACCGACCGAUAUACAAGGCAAAUGGUGUGGCAGCAUAUAUAGUAACGCUGGUUACCUAUCUGGGCCUUUGGUGGUUUGGGAUAUUCAACCCCACAAUAGUUUAUGAUCAUUUGGGAGAGAUAUUUUCAGCUCUCAUCUUUGGAAGCUUCUUCUUCUGUGUUUAUUUGUACAUAAAAGGUCAUUUGGCACCAUCAUCAACAGAUUCUGGUUCAUGUGGAAACAUAAUAAUGGAUUUCUAUUGGGGCAUGGAGCUGUAUCCUCGAAUUGGAAAGAACUUUGACAUCAAAGUUUUCACAAAUUGCAGAUUUGGGAUGAUGUCUUGGGCAGUUCUUGCAUUGACCUACUGCAUUAAGCAGUAUGAGCAGAAUGGAAAAGUGGCAGAUUCCAUGCUUGUAAAUACAAUAUUGAUGUUGGUGUAUGUUACAAAGUUUUUUUGGUGGGAAGCUGGGUACUGGAAUACAAUGGAUAUCGCGCAUGAUCGAGCUGGGUUUUAUAUUUGCUGGGGAUGCUUGGUAUGGGUUCCAUCCGUAUAUACUUCUCCUGGCAUGUACCUAGUCAACCAUCCUUUAAACCUUGGAACUCAGCUUGCAGUUUACAUCUUGGUGGCAGGCAUUCUCUGCAUAUUUGUCAACUAUGAUUGUGACAGGCAAAGGCAAGAAUUUCGGAGAAAAAAUGGCAAAUGCUUGGUUUGGGGAAAGGCUCCAUCAAAAAUUGUGGCUUCAUACACUACAACAUCUGGGGAAACAAAAACCAGCCUUCUUUUAACCUCUGGAUGGUGGGGCUUAUCUCGUCAUUUCCAUUAUGUACCUGAAAUAUUAGCUGCUUUUUUCUGGACUGUCCCAGCUCUAUUUAAUCAUUUUCUACCCUACUUCUAUGUGACAUUUCUUACCAUCCUUCUUUUUGAUCGAGCUAAAAGGGAUGAUGAUCGAUGCAGAUCCAAGUAUGGAAAGUACUGGAAGUUGUACUGCGAGAAGGUUCGCUAUCGAAUCAUUCCUGGAAUCUACUGAGACAUCUCUUGUAGACGUAGAUGAGUGGCAUAUUGCAAGAAUCAGGUUUCGCCAGUUUAUAUGUGAGGAGUGGCCAAGGAUGCGGUGUAGUAACAAUGUUCUUUUCUAAUUGCCUUUAACAGGUUGUGAGACUGUACUGAAGGGUUGUGUUGAACGUUUUGGCUCAAUAAUUUCAUAAUGUAUGUUUUGUUGUCA